AUUGUUUGUCUCGCUAACUACUUCCUUCUCCGACCGAUAAACACAGAACAGAGGAGUUAAGAGAUUAACGAUCUCUAACUGUGGCGAUGGCUAACGUGUUCCACGCCCACCAGUCUCACUUAUUCUUCCCUCUCAAUCCUUCAAUCUCCACCGUCCGUUCCAAAACGCAUGCGUUCCACUUCCCGCAAUCAACGGUUCCGGCUAACCUCUGUACGAACCUCUCCGUGCGGCGGAGGAGCGUGAAGUGUAUGGCGAAUCCGAGAAGAGUGAAGAUGGUGGCUAAGCAGAUAAUGAGGGAGCUCUCCGACAUGCUUCUCACAGACACUGUAUUGCAACACGCUGUGUUGCCCGAAGCUGCACUUGGAGCCGACCGCUACCUCUCUUCUCUCACCACCAUCAGCGAUGUCGAGGUCUCCAAUGAUUUGCAGAUUGUGAAAGUGUAUGUAUCGGUGUUUGGAGAUGAUAGAGGGAAAGACGUUGCGAUAGCGGGGUUGAAAUCGAAAGCUAAGUACGUUAGGAGUGAGCUCGGGAAGCGAAUGAAGCUGAGAUUGACGCCUGAGGUCAGAUUCAUUGAGGAUGAAUCCAUGGAAAGAGGAAGCAGGGUACUCGCGAUACUAGACAAAAUAAAAGCUGAGAAAGGAAGCGAAGGGGGAGCAGAAACGUCUGAUUCACCAGAGGAUGAUCAAGAUUGGGGAGUGGAUGACCCCGACGAAGACAUCAUCUAUGUAAAGUAAACGGUCUCGAACAGUUUUAGUAGAGUGCAUAUUAGUCGCUCGAUUUCCCCUUGUUUAGGAGUAUAAGGAGGUGUUGAUGGCUCGGAGUUGAUAACUAGAGAAGAUGAAUAGGAGUAUAAGGAGAUGUUGAUGACAGGUAUAUAUAUAUAUAGCUCACAUGGCUCCUUCUUCAAUUAUGGAUCCUGAGAGCUUCUUUUGUCCUUGAACUCAGAAUCUCUCAAAUGAAAUGUUUUGGAUGAAUCAGUGUACCAAUAUGGGUCAUAAGCCCUUUGUCUUUGUUCUUCUGCUAAUGGAAGAAGUAAACCGAUUUGAAAUUCA